AAAUUAAUAUAAUAUCAAAAUUUCUUUCAGUUUGGAUAAGGUAAAAAUUCGACUGCUCAAUGGAUCUAUCGAAGGCCGAACGGCAAACUCCCCAAGAGGACAAUAGGCAAAGCAGUGCGGAUUACUUAAAAGAGCUCAUUCAGGACUUUCUAUUCUUCUUGGUUCUCAUCUUUGCUGCCGUGCUCAUCGGUUGGGGCAUAUUCCUUGUGCUAGACGAUGGCAACGAGUGGAAACGUAUGCCGCAUAACCGCAACGGCUCAAAGAUCUCGCUUCAGAAACCGACGACGGAAGCAAUGCGUCCCUGCCAACGGGCUCGACAUUGGAUUCAGCUGUACCUCAUUCGCCAUAAGACACAUGAACAGGAAAAGGCACAGCAAUACCUGCCCACAGAAGCGGCAGAGCAUCCAUACCCACCAGAGCCGGUAGAGCAGUAUUACCAUCCGCAAAUAAAAACGCAGGUGCCACAAGUAGAACAGCAUUCGAAAAUUCGAGAAGAUUCUGCCAAUCAAGUGGACUCGCCAUCGAGCAGAGAAUUGGAUUUAUUUAGACGACAUAUACGCAGUCGACUAGCUGAAGACUAAGUGUUAGACUACAAACCAAGAAUGUAUAAAAUUGACUUAUCACCGAGCUCUUGUAUUUGAUUUAUUCCAGAGUAAGGAACCGCCGCAAAACGUGAGCGAAGGCCACUUCUUGGCACUCGAAUAAGUAGUACAAUUCUUUGAACACACCGUGCAGCCAAGCUGGUGUAAUAAUAAAUUAUUUAAAUUUUGAAA